AUGUCGGAUGAAAAGGUUUGGAAAAGAUGGUGCCGGACGUUCCACUGGCUCCGAGGCACACCAAAAAGAUCCAGAUGUUCAUUGUGUCCCGGCUUUCAGAGCAAGGUCUGGAAGAAGAGCCAACUGAUCCAACAUGAGAGAAGUAAAGUGCAUUCAACUUCAGCUGGGCGAUGUUGCUGUCCAGAUGCCGAAGCCUUUCGCCAAAUGUUUGAUGAGAGGAACAAUGGCACCUCUCUCCGAAAAUCCAAGCAUGGUCUGUCCAAGUCAGUGAAGCUGAUGUGGGUUUCAAAUGAAGCCAUCAAGGAGAUUGUCAAAGCAAGGGUUCAGCGAUGCCUGACGGCGAGUCUGUCGCAAGAUGGGCAGGGCAGUUCUUUGGGAGUCAGAAUGACUGUGGUCAGCUUUGCAAAGGGCGAGGAACGACUCAUCACUACCAAUUCCCCCCUGGCGUUUCUGAAGAGCGAGCUAAGUGGGUCUCACAAUCUGGCAAAGGCAUCUCGCAAAGCAUCCCGGCGUUUCUUCACAAAGAGAUUGUGUCCACCUCAUGGAUGGAUUGGGAUGAAGCCACUGAUCUACGCAAGGAGAACAACGCCCAAGCCCAAGAAGAAUGCUGAGUCGUUUCUGCUUUCCAUCAAUGAGGAAGCCAUACUUCAAAUGGCGAUGAUGUGUGACGCAGCACAAGAGGAGCUUGACUUGAUCCGGUUCUGUGACAAGAACACCGUGGACGUGUCUCAAAUGCGAGCUGCAAUGGAUGGUUUCAUGAACCGAAUCAACACCUUGUUUCUCAAACAGAAAGCUCUUCAGGUUCAAUCCUACACACGACAUGUGGUAGCUGAAUGUUUCAGCCGGAUGUCCCAAUGGGUCUCCUUGGCGGAGGAGACCCUGAAGGCAGAAUGGCCCAGCUUCGAAGCGAUUCAAGCGUUCAGCGUGUUUCAAUUGACACCAAGACUUGAGACGGCAGUCGUCAAGCGGGACCUGGGCAAGAUAUCCCAAGUCUUCCAGGAGAAGCACAAUCUCCCAGCUUUGGUGAAAAGUUUUGCGGACUGUGAAUACACAGCCGCGAAGAGAAGACAGCGCAUUGCUGAUGAUGAAGACUUCCCCGACCUCAAAGCAUGGGUAAGCACUUUGCAGGGUCGACAAGCUGCUGACAAUCCUGAGUUAGUGAAAUGCCUGGCAAGGGCUUUGUGUCUUUCGCAAGCAUCCACUUCAGCAUGUGAACGUGAUUUUGGAAACAUCCUGGGAACCUUUCGAAAGAGGGGUGCAAACCCAUUGCUGAAGGAGAUGCACGUUCGCAUCACAUCGUUCUUGAAGAUGGAGCCAGGUCAAUCUUCUGAGAUCAUCCGUCGAGCUCAGCAAAUUUGGAAGGAGGGCUUCAAUUCUGAGCGCAAGAGUGGCUCACAAAGAGGUGGAAAUUUUGUGUCAGGCACGGCAUUGGCAAGGAAACGCCAAGCUGCAGAUCCCAAUCAAAGCCAGAGUGCUUGGGUCAAGCGGCGACGGCUGGAGGUCGACCGAGUCACAUCUCUUUCCAGUGCUGGACAUCAAGAACAUGAGGACCCAAUUCUUUGCAAGGAGGCCAAGGACGCGAUCAAGAAGAUUCAAAAUGUAGUGACCAAGCGUCGCUUUGAAGCGCAACAGAUGGGCAUCUUGCAGAAGCAUGAGCCGACCUUCUUGUGGACCACCAAUACCGAUGUCAAAAAGGAUGUGGCCAUGAUGGGGGCUCACAUCGUGGAGAGCUGGCAAGAGGCAACUUGCCACGUGGUGGACAAUUUCGCUGCCCCUGGACAAAGGGUCUCCUGGGCUGCAAAGCUCAGCGGACAUUUGAUUGUCACGAAGGAUCUGGCCCAAGGGCCUUGGAUUCAGAAUCUUGUAUAA